ACUCCGCCGCACCUCCUCCGGCUCUGCAGUGGCGGCGGGGAGGCGAGUCGGAGCGCCAGCGGGAUCGGGAGCCGGAGCCGAGCCGGGGUCGGGGCAGCAGCGGGGACCCUCGGAGGCGGGGCCAGUGGGACCGCGAUGGGCGUGGAGAUCGAGACCAUCUCCCCGGGAGACGGAAGGACAUUCCCCAAGAAGGGCCAGACGUGUGUGGUGCACUACACAGGAAUGCUCCAAAAUGGAAAGAAAUUUGAUUCAUCCAGAGACAGAAACAAACCUUUCAAGUUCAGAAUCGGCAAACAAGAAGUCAUCAAGGGUUUUGAAGAGGGUGCAGCCCAGAUGAGCUUGGGGCAGAGGGCGAAGCUGACCUGCACCCCUGAUGUGGCGUAUGGAGCCACUGGCCACCCUGGUGUCAUCCCUCCCAAUGCCACCCUCAUCUUUGACGUGGAGCUGCUCAACUUAGAGUGAAGGCAGGAACUUAAGGUGGCUGGAGAUGGCUGCUGCUCACCCUCCUAGCCUGCUCUGCCACUGGGACGGCUCCUCCUGCUUGGGGCUCUUGAUCAGUGUGCUAACCUCGCUGCCCCGCAACAUUAUCCAUUCUCUCUGCCCAAGUUGCUCUGUAUGUGUUGGUCAUUGUUCACGCGCAUCUUUGCUUGAGGAAACUUCGGUUGCAGAUCAAAACAUUUCAGGUAGUACAUUUUGCGUGAUGCAUGUAAUAGCCAUUCUUGAGAACAGAACACAGAUUUCUUGUUUGCACAAUCUACACUGCCUUACCUUCACUUAAGCCAGACACAUAAGGUGCUCAGACACGAAAUGUACAUGGCGUACACAGAGGGACUUGAGCCAGUUACCUUUGCUGUCACUUUCUCUCUUAAAAAUUGUUGGCUGCUGACUUACAAACUGUCCUCUUUGGAAAUGACAUGUAAAAUAAAGGCUCUGUGCUUGACAAAUUCCUGUCCAUCCUUAUUGUAGAUAGGAAGUACUUGAAGGACCACAUAAGCCAGUCGCCCUUGGGAAAAAUAGUGGAAAGGAGCCUUCCAAGUAGCCAGGAGAGAGAAUAAAUAUAAUAAUUACAAUGUGAGUACUGUACAUGCUGAGCCUUGUUCUGUAUAUUUUAAAGUAAAUUGGUCACCAAUCCUCUAAGCAGCCCUACAAAGUAGGUAUUAUUUGCCACUCAUCUCACAGGCUCAAGUCUCCUCUGAAUAACUAAAAGAAUAUAUUGUGUUCAAAUCCCACAGCCUAGCAAUCAAAUGUGGGAUUCCAGCACUUUGGGAUCUUGUGACCUGUAGUUGUUCGGACUUAAAGGGAUGAGCUCCCUUCACCCAGAUGGAAAAAGAACAUUGUGUGUCUGAACAAAUGAAGGUGUGGCAGGCCUUAGAGCCACACUCUAACUCACAUUAAGUUACUUUUGAUAAGACUGCGAUUCUGAGAUUGUUUUCACAUUAACUGCUUAGUUGCAUCUAGAUUUGUUCUAACUUACAUUGGGAAUUACUUAAGAGAAGAAACUAUGUUUCUGCAUCGUUUCCACAUAUGCUGUUUAAUUUAAUCAACAUUAGCUGUAACUCACGGGAGUUCUCAGGUAGGUUUUAAAUCAGCUGCUUAUUGGUGUGCUCACCAAAGGAGCCUGGGCAAUAUGGCUAGGAGCUUUCUCUUUUCGUUGGCAUAGUUUUUAAACGGAGUAUUCUGUCAGCAAUCUCUUAACUUGAGAUUGUUAAGACUGAGAAGGGGCUGGGGACAGGUACUAUUAGUUUCCUUCACAGACUCACGUCAUAUACAUGAGGGGCGGGGGGUCUCAUCAUCUUGGAUAUUACUUCAUCUACCCUUUUGUCUCCAGGAAGUCCUGGCUGUAGUCCUUGCGGAGGACUGAGGUGUUAAAAAGAAGCAGUCUUUAAGACGGGGAGAAUGAAAUGAGAAAGGGGCUGCAUUGCUUUUAAUCACCCAGUCCCUGGGUUCACUUCUACUGUAGAACUAGGCAAGCUAGAAGGGCUGCAUUCACUCCUUUCUGGAGCUUUCCGUGAUAACACAAAUGUCUAUGAUAAUUUCUGAGAACUCAGCCUGUUUUCUCAUGUGACACCAAUAGGAUAACUAAAAACCACCGGAGGUGACCAUUAGGAGUCAUAUAAAACAGCAGUCGCCAACCGGUAGUCUGCGGACUACUGGUGGUCCGUGAGGUCCGAAAGGUUGGCGACCGCUGAUAUAAAAGAUCUCGGUCUAGAUCAGGGGUGGGCAAACUUUUUGACUCG